CUUUCUUCACAUCUGACUCAAAACAUCCUUAAUCACACUUCUUCACAAUCUUUCUCUUGUUGUCUCUGAAGCAAAGAUCAAUGUCGUCACAUAAUGUGGUUCAAGUGGUUACUGAAGAAAAUGGCAACAAGAAAAUGAAAUGUGAGGUAGGAGAGUGCAAGAAAAUAAAAGGUAACGUCAUUUUGAAGAAGAAGAAGACUGUUUUGCUGGGUAUCAAUGACCCUCAAGCGUCUCUUCAUGAUUUCUUUGACGGGUUAAGGGGCCGGAGAGUCUCUUUGCAACUCAUAAGUGCUGUUAAUGGUGACCCUGAAGAUGGACAUCGAGGCAAACUAGGACACCCUGUAUACUUGGAGAAAUGGAAUACAUCGGACUCCAUUAAAGCCAGUAAAAGAAAUUUCCAGAUUACAUUUGACUGGGAGGAGGACAUUGGAAUUCCAGGGGCGUUCACUGUAAGAAAUAAUCACCAUACUGAAUUCUACCUGGAGAGUCUCACACUUGAAGAUGUUCCUGGCCAUGGCUCCAUCCAUUUUGUUUGCAACUCAUGGAUUUACCCUGCAGAAAAUCAUGAAAAGGAUCGUGUUUUCUUUCCUAACAAGGCAUAUAUUCCCCAAAAGACACCAACACCUUUGCACAAGUACAGAGAAGAAGAACUGGAGAAUUUAAGAGGAAGUGGAAAAGGAGAGCUUCAGGAAGCUGACAGGGUUUAUGACUAUGCAUACUACAAUGACUUGGGAGAUCCUGAUAAAGAUCCAAAAUAUGCCCGUCCAACUCUUGGCGGGUCAACUGAGCAUCCUUAUCCUCGCAGAGUAAGAACAGGCCGAGAACCAAUGAAGACAGAUCCUGACUGUGAGAGUAGAUUACCUCCUCAUAAGAGCUUAAGCAUUUAUGUUCCAAGAGACGAACAAUUUGGUCAUUCCAAGAAGAAAGAAUUCAUUGUUAAUUCACUCAAAUCUUUAGCUCAAAUUAUUGGACCUGGGUUAGAAGCUGUGUUUGGUGGAGAGUUUGACAAUCACAAUAACAUGUUAAGUCUCUUUGAAGGAGGAAUCAAAGUACCUGAUGACCCUUUACAUGAUGUUGUAGCUAACAACAAUCCCCUGAAGAUAUUUAAGGCGAUAUUUCGAAGUGAUGAAGGAUCUGUAUUCAAAUUUCCAGUGCCUCAUGUGAUUAAAGAAGAUAAAUCUGCAUGGAUGAGUGAUGAGGAAUUUGCUAGAGAAAUGCUAGCUGGUUUAAAUCCUGUCAAUAUUCGUCGUCUCGAGGAAUUCCCUCCCAGAAGCAAGCUAAACCCUGAACAAUAUGGUAAUCAGAACAGUUCAAUAAAGAAGGAGAACAUAGAGCAUAAUCUAAGUGGAAUGAGUAUAUACGAGCAGGCGAUAAAGAAGAACAAGUUAUUCAUAUUGGAUUACCAUGAUGCACUGAUGCCACACCUGAGGCAGAUAAAUAGCAGUUCCUCAAAGAUUUAUGCAUCAAGAACAUUUCUUUUCUUGAAAGAAGAUGGAACCUUGAAGCCACUGGCAAUUGAAUUAAGCUUGCCUCAUUGUGAGGGAUACCAAUUUGGAGCAGUAAGCAAUGUAUACACUCCUGCUGAACAUGGUAUCGAAGGUUCCAUUUGGCAAUUGGCUAAAGCUUAUGUGUCCGUAAAUGAUUCAGGAUUUCAUCAGCUGAUUAGUCACUGGUUGAACACGCAUGCAGUAAUUGAACCAUUUAUAAUCGCAACAAAUAGGCAGCUAAGCGUACUUCAUCCAGUUCAUAAGCUUUUGCAUCCUCAUUUUCGUGACACGCUGUUUAUAAAUGCAUUAGCUAGACAAGUUCUCAUUAGUGCUGGAGGAAUGCUGGAGUCAACCGUUUUUCCAGGAGAAUAUGCUAUGCAAAUGUCUUCUGCAGUCUACAAAGACUGGAUUUUUACUGAUCAAGCACUUCCUAAAGAUCUCAAGAAGAGAGGAAUGGCAGUUGAGGACGAGAAUUCACCUUAUGGUCUUCGUCUAGUCAUAGAAGACUACCCUUAUGCAGUUGAUGGGCUUGAGAUAUGGUCAGCAAUCAAAAAAUGGGUUAAAGGGUAUUGCUCCUUCUACUACGAGUCCAAUGAAAUGGUUCAAAACGACACUGAACUCCAAUCCUGGUGGAAGGAACUCCAAGAGGAAGGCCAUGGCGACAAGAAUGGCGAACCGUGGUGGUCGAGGAUGCAAACUUGUGAAGAACUAAUGGAAACAUGCUCUAUCAUCAUAUGGAUCGCUUCUGCUCUCCAUGCAGCAGUCAAUUUCGGACAGUAUCCUUUUGCAGGUUAUCUCCCGAACCGCCCAACCAUCAGCCGCAGGUGGAUGCCUGAAAAAGGCUCUGCUGAGUAUAAGGAACUUGAAUUAAAUCCUGAAGUUGUUUUCUUCCAAACAAUCACAGCCAAACCACAGGCACUUCUGGGCAUUGCCCUUAUAGAAAUAUUGUCAAGGCAUUCAUCAGAUGAGGUAUAUCUUGAUCAGCGGACACCUGGAUGGACUUCAGAUAAGGAGCCAUUGCAAGAAUUUAAGAAAUUUCAAGAUACAUUGAAAGAAAUUGGGGAAAGAAUUUUAGAAAGAAAUGGAGAUAGAAAACUAAAGAACCGUUUUGGACCUGUCAAUAUGCCUUAUACUCUGCUCUUUCCAACAAGCGAAGAAGGACUUACUUGCCAGGGGAUUCCCAAUAGUAUUUCAAUUUAAAGCUACUAUAGCUCUAAAGACCUUGUUGUUAUUCUUGUUUACAGUUUGAUGGUUUCUACAAAAUUUGUAGCUUCAAAUGUUCUAUCUAGUUGGUUAGUUUCCUGAUGCACUACUUAAAAUUCAGAAAAAAUAUACAAAGAUAGCAAGAAAAAGUUUCAACUA